UACGGGAAAUUUAUUUUUCUGUUUGAUUAGGUGUCUACAGUCCAUCAGUGGGACGGGAUUGUAUGUAUAUUGCUUGAUUGUUCUACCCCUGUUCCCACUCUCCCUGCCCCCCUGUAUUCUGUGAACACCGGCACCUCUCAAGUACCGCAUCAGGUCAGACUGAUGUCGAUGGAACAGGACACCGGGGCACUGCCACGGCGCAUAGCCAGGAUCGCAGCUCGUGCCCGCCCUGCGGUACCUCCAAGACCCAAGAGAUUCAGCAGACGGACGACUCCAGCGGCAUCAAGUACGACAUUGACAGUACAAGACACCACCGGAGAUCUUCCCGCAUGCCCGGUCCAAGAGGCCAGCGAGCCUUUGGCUGACUAUCGUGGGCGGCUACAGGCAUUUACAGACGCCGUAGCCGCCGCCGAGGCUCAGCAGGCUGCGGCAGAGGCAGAACGUCAGCGGCUGGCCAAUGAGGCGGCAGCCGAAGCUCAGCGGACAGCUGAGACUAACGAAGCGGCACGAAACAGACGGAAUGCCGCCAGCACGGAGUCCCUGAUUGCUAGUGAGCAUCAGUGGACAACGGUACUCCAAGGCAUGAUCUUUGUGCCUACGGAAACGCAGGUGGAGCCGACACAGGCGGAGGCAGAGAGAAGUCACCUGGCUACCGUGAUGUUGAACCAGCAGCAACAGCAACAGCUGAUGAACUCUACCAUCGCACGCAUCAACGGCAUUGAGGCCAAGGCCUCAGCAGCGCCAGGCUGCACGACGGACGCGACGAAGCAAAUCAACGAACGCAUCGAUCACGUCGUCACCAUCAUCGGCGACAUAGGUGUUUUCAACGGACCAGACACGAUCAGCAGCACGGUGGCCGCCAUCAAGACUGACAUCACCAAGCUACAGACGAGACCGGACGCCGCUACAAAGAUGUUCAAGAUGCCGCACUUCGACAUCUGCAAGUUCGACGACUACAACAAGUCGGACGCUUUGACAUGGUGGCAACGUUUUCUCACGGAAGCGUCAUGCCGCACUGUCCCGGCGAACGACAUGUUGAAGGCACUCUAUUUGCAACUGAUUGGAGGAGCUCAGGCAUGGAUGAACCACCUGGCGGCCACCCACAAGUGCACCAUCGCCGAACUCCACACGCACAUCACGUGGAAGGAGUUCGAGCAGCUAUGGUUCACCCGGUUCAUGGUUCGCAACGUCGUGAAGGCAACCAUGAAUGAGGUGUACACAUGCUCUCAGGGGAACAUGCCAACUCGAGACUGGACAACGAAGUGGCAAAAGAUAGUGACCACACCAGGCUUCGACUUGACGUUUCCAAAUCAACGAUCUGAGUUCUUCUCGCGAUCAUGCGCAGGAUUGCGGUCGGCACUCGGUAACGAGUACGACUAUACCACAUUCCAGGCCAUUCUGGAUCGAGCGAACUUGGUCAUCCAAACGGACGACAAGGCCGCUAACGAGAGACAAUCCCAGCCGCAUUAUGUGGCUAAGCAGGCCUAUCAACUUUGCCACCGAAACAAGGGUCGAUCUCGAGUCCCCUUCGGCGAACUGAAACCGUUGCCGAUUCCUCGGGCACCACGCCUCUCCAUUGCUAUGGACGUGACAGGCCCGUUUCCCCGCGAUCGCCACGGCCAUGACGGUAUUCUCACGGUCGUUGACCGUUUGAGCAAGUAUGCUCGCUUYCUUCCUUGUAAGUAUCAUGCUGCAGCGCCUGAGCUCGCACGACUCUUGCACACCGGUUGGAUUACCAACCAAGGUGUUCCGGAAGACAUAGUGAGCGACCGAGAUACUCGUUUCAUGUCAGCCUUUUGGACUUCCCUCAUGGCUGAGUCCGGUACGACAAUGAAACCGAGCUCGGCUCGGCACCCGCAGACGGAUGGUCAGAUGGAACGAGGGCACCAGACCGCUCAGAUGAUGUUGCGUAUGCUCAUCCGCCCCGACCAGAAAGACUGGGUUGACCGGCUUCCGGACAUUGAGUUCGCCUACAACACUUCGGUGCACCCGGCAAUCUGCGUCACACCAUUUGAGCUACAUCAUGGUGGAGAGAAAGCACGGAUCUUCGCUGAUCUCCUUUUGCCACAAGCUGCCGACAUAGACGUCCCUUGCUCUCCCGCUUCCGUCCGGAAGUACCGGGACUUGCUGAUCAAAGCCCGCGCAAAUAUGCAAAAGGCUCAGAUUCGCAUUCAGCAGCAAGCUAACCGACGUCGACUUCCAUGUCCYUUCCGCGAGGGAGACCUUGUUUGGGUCCUCCCUGAGGAAUUUGCGCUCGAGCAGGACGUUUCGCACAAACUCCUUCCGAAAUGGUUCGGACCAUGGGAAGUCACUUCUGCCGUUGGAGACGAUCCCGCAGGUCCUUCCUUCGUGAUCAACAUUCCACCGCACCUGACAGUGCAUCGGGUCUUCCACGCAUCGAAGCUGGCCAUCUACACGCCACCUUCAAAUGACGAGUUUCCCGGACGUCGAUCACAGGAUCCGCCCUCCAUGGACGGACAUCAGGAAGUGGACCAAGUCCUCGCGCACCGCAAGUAUGGUAACAAGCCAAGGCAGUACAAAGUCACAUUCAAGCAAUGUGCGCCGGAUGACACUCGGUGGAUCUCCAAUACAGAUUUGCAGACUUCUGCACCCCUCAUCUUCGCCGACUAUGAGAAGCGACGCCUUGCUAAGGACGCAGCUCGUCCCGCCCGACCCACCCCGGUAUCGGACAGACAACUUCGCCCUCGCAGGUAGCUCGGUCUUUUAAGAGGGGGAGUGUGUUACAUCUUCGACGCCAGGUAGGACCCGACUUAGGGCUAGAGGGACA